AACGAUACUGGAGUUUUGUAAAAUGGGAGACCAGACAACUAUGUAAUUAUAAUUAUACAGACCUAUUGAGACGGAUUCCCGAAGUUCUCAUUAGUGUUCCCCUAACAACUAUUCACAAAUUUGCACGCAAGUCGUGGAGAUACAUGGAUACAUAUGAUAAGGGAUUGGAGGGUAGAGUUGCUGAAUGGACUGUUAAUAA